AAAGCACCGAGUAGUUGCGAGUAGUUGCGAGAGGAGCUCCCAGUUCCCGCGGGUGCUCCUGUAUGUCCAGCGCCCACCAUGUGGCACCUGGUCCUGCUGUGGGGCUGCCUCUUGCUCCCAGGUUAUGCAGCCAUGGUGGGCCCUAAGGAGAUCAGUGGGUUUGAAGGUGACACGGUGUCCCUGCAGUGCACCUACAAGGAGGAACUGAGGACACGUCGGAAAUACUGGUGCAGGGAGAGUGGGUUCAUCCUGUCCCGCUGCUCGGGCACUGUCUAUGCGAAAGAAGAUGGCCAGGAGACGACGGAGGGCAGGGUGUCCAUUCGAGACAGCCCCCAGACGCUCACGCUCCACGUGACCCUGAGGAAGCUCACCCUGAAGGACGCCGGGAAGUACUUCUGUGGGGUCUCCAAACUGGGCCUUGAUGAGUCUUUCCUGGUCUCUCUGCUUGUCUUUCCAGGUCCCUGCUGUCCUCCUUCCCCCACUCCCUCCUUCCAGCCUCUUACUACAAGGAGCCUCCAGCCCAGGGCAAAAGCUUGGCAAACUCAGCCUCCAGCAUUGACUUCUCCUGGUCUCCACCACACAGUCACCACAGCCAAGCAGGGGAAGACAGGGGCCGAGGCCUCUCCGUCCACGGGGACCUCCCUGUACGGGCACGUGGGAACCUCCCCAGACACAGGAACCUCUCCGUACGCGGGGACCUCUCCUCAUGAAGCAACCUCUCCUCAUGCAGGGACCUCCCACCCAUCCACACAGCUGGACGCCACCUCCGCGAAGGACACCCAGCUGUCCCCCAGCAGCAGCAGCUCCGUGUCCAGGGUCUCCAUCCCAACGAUCCGCAUCUUGGCCCCGGUCCUGGUGCUGCUGGCCCUCCUCCUGGCCGCAGGCCUGAUUGCCCUCGGCAGCUAUCUGCUCCGCUGGAGGAAGGAAGCUCAACUGGCCACAGAGACACAGAGGAACGAGAAGGUCCACCUCUCACACUUGCCGCUGGAGUACACGGUGAUCAACCUCACAGGGCCCCUUGGGCCUCACGCCAGCCCCAGCCCCUGCACAGAAACCCAGUGCCUCAGCCAGACUUCAGAGGAAAAUGAAGCCCCUUCCCAGGACCCGGAGGAGGACAUGAUCACAGGGCCUCCCCUCCACAUGUCUGGGGAGGAGCUCAGCUUCUCGAAGUUCAUCUCAGUCUAGCGGCAAGAGUGCGCUCCAGGCCAGCCUGCGGGGAUCUGAAAGGCUGCAUUUGCACUAACUCAAGUAAGCUUUCUGCGACAGCUUCAAAGCCAGCCUGCCACGCUCUCCCCCACCCUCCCCAGGCCCUCCUCCUGCAUGCCCAGCCUGACCCAGAAGCCUUUGUCAGCCCCGGAGCCUCACAGUGCCAGGGGGACCCUGGGACCUCCCCAGUAUGUUCACCUCCCUGGACGGGGCGUGCAGCCUCUGGAGCUCGUCAGGCAGGCAAGACUCCGGAGAUCUGGCCUGAGUUUGAAUCUGCUGCAAGAAAUCCCCUGAGCCUGGGUGCCCAGGAACAGACCCCCACCUUCUUCUGCCUUCCUUCCAUCCUGACUCAGCACCACUUUUUCCUGCGUAAGUGCGCGUGGAGGAGGAGGGGGAAGAGCAUGCUGAGAAUAGACGGGGGUUCUGAUUUCUUGAAAUGUGACUGCAUCCCAGUCCUUCAGGAGGCUGGUUAAAAAUGUGAUUCCUGGGAGGGGCGCCUGGGUGGCACAGCGGUUAAGCGUCUGCCUUCGGCUCAGGGCGUGAUCCCCGGCGUUAUGGGAUCAAGCCCCACAUCAGGCUCCUCUGCUAUGAGCCUGCUUCUUCCUCUCCCACUCCCCCUGCUUGUGUUCCCUCUCUCGCUGGCUGUCUCUAUCUCUGUCAAAUAAAUAUAAAAUCUUUAAAAAAAAAUGUGAUUCCUGGGUUCUCCCAAGACCUACCAAAACCAGCUCUGGGGCUGGGCCCACAACUUUGCAUUUCUAGCAAGGGGCCGGUGACUCUAAUCCUUGCGUUUGACAAGCAGCGGGCUCAGGUUAGAGUCUACUUUGAUGUGUGGGGCCUCCCACCUGCUCCGCCCCAGAGGGGCUGCCCUGCCCAUGACACCGUGACCCAGCGGGGGGCUGUCGGAGUCCAGGCCCAAGUCAGGUGCGCGCUGGAAGGCUGAGCACAUGGCUGGCAGGGAGGGGUUGCCUUUCCCGGCUCCCCACCCAGCCGUGCAUCCCAGGUUUUGGAAGGAGGCUGGAGAAAAGCUUGGCUCCUUUCUUGUUGAGAAAGGGUUCAUUGCCUGUGGGUUGGGGUUAGGGAGGGGUAGGAAAGCACAGGGUGCAGGUGGGCAUCUAAAAGGCAGGAGAGAGGGGAUAGGGCAGGAACCUAAGAGGAACCUGAAGGUGACCCUGAGUCUGGCCCCCAGGACUGCUUUUUUUUUUUUCUUUUUCGACUUUCUUUAAAAAGUGCAAUGGGUGGUCACUCAGUAUACAAAAGUUAGAGACACGGCAGGGAGGAGAAGAAAACUCGCUCAGGCUCACCACUCCCCCAGACAAUCACUGCUGUGUUUUGUUGUGUUUCCUUCCUGUUUCUUUACUCCACAUCAUUUCCUGGAUUUCACUACUUUAGAUCCUGCUUUUUCCACUUAAUUCUUUCUUAAGAUUUCUAUUUGUAAGUAAUCUCGACACCCAACGUGGGGCUCGAACUCACAACCCCGAGAUCAAGAGUCGCACGCUCCACCAACUGUGCCAGCCAGGCGCCCGCCCACUUAAUUCUUAGGCACUUUUCUCCAUGUUUUACCAACGUUUAUAUAUAAAAUGUGUAUCA